GGCUGGUCAUCACCGUCCUCUCGUUUUCUCAUCCUCUCCUCUGACUCCUCUCAUAGAAAACGAUAAUCAGCUGGUUUAACAAACAUUGUCUCCUGGCCGAGGAUUGGAAUCAUCCGGCAGCUGCACCAGGACUCCCUACAACCUGUUAAGGGUACAGUGAAAAAUCAAGAUGGCAGCAUCAAAAUUACGUCUUGCUCUUAUCCAAAUGGCUGUUGGAGAAACCAAAUCCAAAAACGUUGCUCGAGCUGUACAGUUGAUAAGGGAAGCUGCCGGAGGAGGAGCUCAAGUGGUGGCUCUUCCUGAGUGUUUCAACUCCCCUUAUGGACCAAAUUACUUUCCACAAUAUGCUGAGGCUAUCCCUGGAGAGAGUACUGAAGCUUUGAGUGCUGCUGCAAAAAAGUUUGGAAUCUUUGUUGUUGGUGGGUCCAUACCAGAGCGUGAAGGUGACAAGCUCUACAACACCUGUACUGUCUGGGACCCUCAAGGAGAAAUGAUUGCUAAACACAGAAAAAUCCAUUUGUUUGACAUCAAUGUUCCCGGGGGUAUCUCUUUUCGGGAGUCCAGUAGUCUGUCUUCUGGAAAUCAAUUUACAACUUUUGACUUACCACACUGUAAAAUUGGGUUGGGCAUCUGUUAUGAUAUAAGAUUUGCAGAGUUGGCACAGGUCUACAGUAAUAUGGGUUGCAAGCUGUUGUUGUACCCAGGAGCUUUUAACAUGACUACUGGUCCUGUUCACUGGGAGUUAUUGCAGAGGGGACGAGCCCUAGACAACCAGUUGUAUGUUGGAACGAUCUCUCCUGCACGUGACACAUCAGCAUAUUACAUAGCUUGGGGUCACUCUUCAAUUGUCAACCCUUGGGGAGAAGUUAUUUCCACUUCUGAUGAAAAUGAGGCUAUUGUCUAUGCAGACAUAGAUUUUGACUAUGUGGACAAGGUGCGUCAGAUGAUUCCACUGCGUGACCAGAGGAGGAAAGACAUGUAUGAAAUUAAUGUAAAGUAACACAUGAAUUAUUAAGUAGUAUAUCAUGAGUGAGAAGGGAAUACAUACAGUAAUUAGCAAUUCUUAGAAAAUUUUAUAAAAAUAUUUUUUCAAGUAAAUUGUCAAUAAACACUUGCCAGUUCUCAUCAUAUAUCUACUCUGAAUUGUGUAUAAUUGCACAGAUACUGUUAAUUUUAAUAUAUUACUAAUUUUGUCAGAAUUUAAAAAACAAUAAUUGCCUUGAAUAACACUAACACAUUGCUUUGGACUACCAACUCAUUUUUCAACAUAAAGAAUACAUGUGUCAAAAAAUGAUUCCUUCUUCAGUGAUAUACCCAUUAGCUGGAAUAAUUGGUGCAGAGCUCUUCCAGAAAUGGGAGAUUUCUGGGUAACGAGACAACUCUCAAACCCGGAAAAGUUCUGGGGAUGUGGAGUUUUUCCAGGUACAUCUAACCCUUGCUUUAUGCUGCAAUUUGUUCUAUGUGACAACACAGCAUAAUGGGGAUUCGCAUAUAGUGAAUACUUAAUCUUAUGGGCACAAUUAGGAUAUGUUCCACAACUACUAAAAGUCAACAGUAAUGCUAUAAAUGUUGUGGAAAAAACAUUACAAUACUCUAAUGUGGUUUAUAAAUAAAAUAUAAUAUAAAACUAUAAACGAAGACAUAUGAAGAGCAUGUGGAAAGUGAAAAUGUGUGGAGUGGCUGACUCACCACUCCAGCCGCAUCCCAUGACAUCACAUACAGUGAAGUAGACAUACACACACACAUACUCACACUGUGCCACAUUUCACAACCAUUUCUGGAGCAUUAAUGCUAUAAAUGUUGUAGAAAUAUCAUUAAAAUACUCUAAUGUGGCUUAGAAAUAAAGAUAAUAGUGUAUAAUAUAAUAUAAAACUAGUGUGCCAUAUCUGCUAUAGAAUGCAUAAUAAGGAAUCUUUUCUGCAUAAAAUGAAUUAGGGGUAGAAAUAUGGUCGCCCCAUCAACUCGAAUUUGCACUACCCGGUAAGUGAAUGCUCAUAAAGCGAGGGUCCAAUGUAUUGGAAAUAGUUACUCGAAAUUUUCCGGAAAUUUUGCAUUAUUUCAUCCUUGGAAUUUGCUCCCAGUCCCCCCAAAAAAUGGAGUUUCCAAAAAAUUUCAGAAAUUGCACCUCAUUUUCAACUUUGGAAACUCAUUCAUAGACCUGGAGUUGAGAGAAUUUUUUGGAUUUUUUUUUUUCAGUUACAGUUUGUGGAGAGUUCCAGCUAACAAAGAUACAGUAAUCCCUCGAUAAUUCGGCAUUUGAUAACUCAGAAUUUCAUAGAACUUGGCAUGGAUAUGGUUUCAGAAUGUAUUAUAGUAUAACUCGGGAAAUGCCAAGGUAUAUAUAAAAUAAUCUGGGAAAAUUUUUGGCAUAUCUGGCCACCUGUAUCAACUGCCAUACCUCUGUGUCACUUACCAUGCAUCUAUGUCACCUACUAUGAUGCUUCGUUCUUUGCCUGCAGUGUUGGUAAGUGUUACUUUUUAACAUUUAGUAAUUACAUGUACAGUACACAUAUAUGGGUCAAUAAUCUUGUAUUUUUGUAGGAGGGAGGGAAGUGCCUCGAUAAGUCAGAAUUUGAGAUGACUCAGCAAGGCCAGAGCUUCAUAUGUGCCGAUUUAUCGAGGGUUUACUGUAUUACUGUACUCUUGUGUCCGAAAUUGUAAAGGGGAAAAUUUUUUUCUUCUAAAAAACAGUUUUUGUGAUAAAGUCCAGAAUGCGACGUCUGGCUUUAUACCUACGUAUGUAAAUGCCUAGCAUUAACUCGCCAGGCCAACAUACAGGCAAUUAAAACAUUUAAUAAUUACUAGUGUAGUAUUGAGCAUUGAUUUUUGGAAGUAAAAUAUUAGCAUUGAACAUGAAAUAGUGAUUGAAAAUAGGGUGUAAUGUGAUUCAAAAUAUUAUGAAUUAUUUUUUUUUUUUUUACUUUGUUUUAAAUAUCCAUACAGCAGGAAUUAGAAUUACUUAUGCCCAAGAUUCAAACUUGGAGGCUUCAUGCCUUACCAAGGUGUAUAAAAUUUACAUGUACAAGAAGCACUGGGAAAUUUACUUGUAUUUACUGUAUGUAUUUGAUUUGUGAAUCAUGUCAGUGCUAAUACAGUAGUACAAUAAAAAUGUCAAAAUUUA